CAAACACGCUGAUUAGGUUUUCGGUUCCUCACAUUCUCACUUCAAUACCUUUCCUUCAUUAUACGCUUGCUGGCAACGAGACAGAGUCAGGAAUAGAGUAAGGGAUAGUCAUAUCCAAAUAUUUGAUAGCAACUCCCCGAAAUUGAGCAUAAUAUGGCGUCCAAGUUUGGUUUAGCUGGUGGAAUUCCGGAGCGUCGGGUUCGACCCAUUUGGGACGCCAUCGAUUCUCGACAGUUCAAAAAUGCUCUCAAAAUCACUACCACUCUCCUCUCCAAGCAUCCCAAUUCUCCUUACGCUCUUGCUCUAAAAGCUUUUAUAUUGGAAAGGAUGGGAAAACUCGAUGAAGCACUGUCUGUUUGUUUAAAUGCGAAAGAGCUUUUGUAUAAGAAUGAGUCUUUGUCAAUGGAUGAUCGCACUCUUAGUACUGUGCAAAUUGUUUUCCAACGACUCGAUCACCUGGAGUUGGCUACUAGCUGUUACGAGCAUGCGUGUGGGAAAUUCACAAACAAUUUGGAACUAAUGAUGGGGCUUUUCAACUGUUAUGUUCGAGAGUAUUCCUGUGUAAAGCAGCAACAAACAACCAUCAAAAUGUACAAGCUCGUUGGCGAAGAAAGGUUCUUACUAUGGGCAGUUUGUAUCAUCCAGUUGCAGGUUCUGCUGGUUUCCUUUGAUGCUCCUUUUUCCCUUUCCUCCCAAUUUGUUGAGCAUGCCGUCGAUUGAUACCGGUCAUAAUAAAUAUGAAUUGAAGUUGGUGCCUUCUUCAUAAAUAGAAUGAAAAUGAUACAACAAGCAGGCAGUUUGGAACUAACAAUUUACUGUGGAAGAUGAAUCUUACCCAUUUUUGGAAAUGAAAUCAAAUUGCCAUCCAUUCUUGGUUGGUCCUGACUAAAAUUUUGCACAUUGUUUCUUCUAGUUGUGGCCAUAUCAUUCACCAGGUUAAUUACGAUCCCCGGAUCCUCAUAAGGAAAGCAUAUGCUGCUACUUCCUCUAAAGGCUCGGCUACUGCGUUAAGUUUAUAGUGUUCUCUGGAUGUCUUCCCUUCCUACAUCGUUCCACACAUCAUGGUACUGUCAUCAACUUUGAUUUUCCGAUUGAUUUGUAGUAUCGUUGUGAUGCUACAGAGGAAUGGAAUGAUGAAGGUUGCCAGUGUAGGUGAUUGUGGAUUAAGAGUUAUCCGCAAAGAUAAUCUUUUCUACCACUCCACAUGAACAUUACUUCGACUGCCCAUAUCAAUUGAGCUUGGAGUUAAUUGGCCAAAAGCAUCCUGAUGCCGCGGUAAUAAACGAAUGCUGAGUUUAUCUGUCAAUUCUAUUUGUCAUUUAUACUAUCAGUUGCAGCUGUUUUGUACAAAAACCAAAAUCAAGUGACCAUGUCAAGACAAGUUCAGUUUGCAAGGUACAAUUACUGAAGCUUACAACUUAAACUCGUUGCUAGUUUCUUGUAUUUCCUGU